AUGUCUGGGGAGAAAGUGAAUGGCGAUGAGUUAUGGCAGGAUAAGGAAAUCAGAUUCGACGUGGACCAUCGGAUGUUGCGCCUCGUACCCGGCGAAAUACAGAUAGAUCGAGUCGACAAGGUUGAAGACACAAAAGGAAAUAAUGGAGAUCGAGGUGUUAUGCGUAUAACCAACUUGCGAAUAAUAUGGUACGCAAGUUCUAUGCCGAGAAUAAAUCUUUCCAUUGGAUACAGCAACAUAACAGGGCUACAAAGUCGCGAAGUUGCAUCGAAAGUCCGUGGAACUGAAGUAGAAGCCCUGUAUGUAAUGGCUCGCGCUCCCAAUUCAUCGACAAAGUUUGAGUUCAUCUUUACGGCAAUGACUAGUGGAAUGCAUUCGAAACUGUUCAACACCGUGAAUUCUGUUCAUCGUGCAUAUGAAACGACGAAGCUGUAUCGAGAGUUAAAAAUGAGAGGCGCGAUCGUGGAUGACAGUUUCAAUUUGAAACUGUUGCCCCUUGAACAACUGGUCGAAAAAGUCAACGGAGUGUGGAAUCUGAGCACUGAUCAGGGCACACUGGGUUGUUUCGUUAUAACGAAUGUUCGCCUGGUGUGGUUCGCUAGCACUAAUUCUCUCUAUAAUGUCUCAGUACCGUACCUUCAGUUGUAUUCCUGUCGAAUUAGGGAAUCGAAGUUUGGACUGGCUCUCGUCAUUGAAACUACCACGCAGAGUGGCGAGUAUGUUUUGGGAUUCCGGAUUGAUCCCGCGGAACGGCUUCAACAGGUGUGCAAAGCUAUUCAAGCCCUUCACAAGGCAUCGAACACUCGACCUAUUUACGGAGUUACAUUCCACAGAGACAGACCUCCAUCUCCUCGAGAAUCAGCUGUCGACCAGACGAAUGAACAGGAGGAAGACGAUGAUGAAUCGGAACAGAAGCAGUUAAGAACGGACGCUUUUGCAGCGUAUUUUUCCGACGGUGGCACAUCAUCCGAAGAGCGUCGACCACCCGUGUACAGUGAGGAAUUGGGGUUGGCUGUUGAACAGCUCAAACAAGGAUUCACUAUAACUGAUUUGUGGAAUAUAUAUGUUGACUGA